CUGAGAAGAAGAUACAAAGCACUGGCUAAAGCUAAUGGGCAAAGGAAGCAGAGCUGAGGAAAUAUUAUCUCUGCUUGCGGAUCAUAAAAGAGUUUGCAAUGGCAAUGCUCUGGAAAUUCAUGAGAGUAGCUAAGUAUUCUAAAACAGCUUUAUCACCAAAAGUAAGGGUAAGAGGAAUUCCUGCCAAUUCAAGGCAUUCUUCAUCCAAGUCUGUACCUUCGGAUUUUGCUGCCAGCACAUCCUGCUCAAAUACUGUGGAACUGCUUGGUAAAACUUAUCCUCAGGACAACUACAGCAAUGUCACAGAGAAGAUUCUUUCCAAGGUGGGGAAGAACUUGCACAACAAAAAGCAUCACCCUUUGUGGCUAAUCAAGGAGCAGGUGAAGGACCACUUUUACAAACAAUAUAUAGGACGCCGUGGGACACCGCUCUUUUCUGUCUAUGACGGUCUUUCUCCAGUGGUUACAGUACAGCAGAAUUUUGAUAGUUUGCUUAUCCCACAAAACCAUGCCAGCAGAAGGAAAGAGGAUAACUAUUACUUGAAUCGUGAUCACAUGCUAAGAGCACAUACAUCAGCUCAUCAGUGGGACUUGAUACACUCUGGCCUAGAUGCCUUUCUGGCAGUGGGAGAUGUCUACCGCCGUGACACAAUUGAUAACUCCCACUACCCAGUCUUCCAUCAAAUGGAAGGAGUUCGUCUCUUCUCCUGUCAUGAGUUGUUUUCCAACAUUAAAGAUGGUGAAGGCUUACAGUUGUUUGAGCAAGGUCAUCGCACUGCACACAAGCAAGAGUGUCACACCAUGGAGGCAGUGAGGCUGGUGGAGUUCAACCUGAAGCAAGUGCUCACAAAGCUCAUAACUCACAUCUUUGGCGAUGGACUGCAAGUCAGAUGGGUAGACUGCUACUUCCCAUUUACUCACCCUUCCUUUGAGAUGGAGAUCCACUUCCAAGGAGAAUGGAUGGAGGUCCUGGGCUGCGGGGUCAUGGAGCAACAGCUAGUUAACUCAGCUGGUGCGCAGGAUAAAAUUGGCUGGGCAUUUGGCUUGGGUUUGGAGAGGCUGGCCAUGAUCCUGUACGAUAUCCCUGACAUCCGACUGUUCUGGAGUGAAGAUGAACGCUUCUUGAAGCAGUUUAUUGUGCCUCACAUUUGGCAAAAAAUAAAAUUCCAGUGUCGAAUAGUCAUGGAAAGAAGGCAAAAAUAUCUUCUUCAUUGCAGAGAUGCUGCACUAAGCUGCACGAUUGGAUUAGAAAUCACUUGAUCAUCAAGUCUUCUCUCAUCAGGAUGUUAUAUCUCGUAUCGUUUGUAGCCAGUGCUGGUACUGAAGCUCUAGGAACCUGAGCCCUCUGGCCCCAGCGAGGCAAAGUACUGAAGCACACGCUGAGCUUUAAACUUGCGAGUAGUCCCAUUUAAAUCAAUGGGAUAGUUCCUGUGCUCAGUCAAACAUAACCUAAAUGCCUAAAUAGUUUCAGGUCAGAGAUCUCUGUACUUCCUGGGAUCCAACUGAGAGUGAUCAGCGCCUUGCAGGGCUGAAGCAGAGGAAACUUUCAAAAUGGCUGUUAUAAGCAAUAAGAGUUUAAUCUGACAAACCAUAAACUUUAUUUGCAAAAUCUUUGAUCCAAGCCAGUUUUACUAAUUAACACUUGGGUAAAGAAAGUCAACAAGCAAGCAUCUGGAGAGUAAACAGGACUUCCCAUUCUCAACUAAAGACAAUUGCCUGAAAACACGGGAAGGAAAGAAGAAAAUAGAGGCUCAGAAAUGAGGGGAGAGAGAGAGUGGAUGGACAGUCACAUGAGGCUGGAUACAAGAAAAAACAAAACACUGAGAUAAGACAAAGUAAGAGGAAGGUAGAAGAGAGGAGAGCUGUACUUUGGGCAUUGGAGGCAAUAUG